AUGCACGCGCACGGCGAAUCAUCCGGCGGCGGCGCGCCCGCGAAGGACGCGCCCGCCGGCGGCCACGGCCACGGCCACGGCGGCGCGUCGUCGCGCCCGCGCCCGGGCGAGAAGAAGGGAUUCGUCGAAGAGAUGCGAUUCGUGGCGAUGAAGCUCCACACGCGCGAGCAAGCGCCGAAAGAGGGCGAGGCGAAGCCGCCGCCGGAGUCGAAGCCCAUGAUGCAGUGGGAGCCGACGCGCGAGAAGUACCUCGCCUACCUCGUCGAGAGCAAGGCGAUGUACGAGGCCAUGGAAGAGAUCGUCGCGUCGAAGGCGUCGCCAAUCUACGAGGCGUUCUUAGACACAGGGCUCGAGCGCACUUCCCCGCUCGCGAAGGACAUCGAGUGGUUCGAGAAGACGUACGGACUGACCGCGCCGGUCGCGGACGGCCCGGGGGUGGAGUACGGCAACUUUUUAAAGGAGCUCGCGAAGACGAGCCCGCCGGAGUUCAUCUGCCACUUUUACAACGUCUACUUCGCGCACUCCGCGGGGGGGCGAAUGAUCGGACGCAAGGUGAGCGAGAUGAUCCUGAACGGGAAGGAGCUGGAGUUUUACAAGUGGGAGGAGAGCCGCGGCGGGUUGGAGCAGAGCCUCGCGGACGUCAAGUCGAAGCUGAACGACGCCGCGGAGGGGUGGAGCCGAGAGGAGAAGGAUCGAUGCCUGGAGGAGACGAGCAAGUCGUUCCAGAUGUCGGGGCAGCUCCUCAGGCUCAUCGCGUGA